UUCAAGCCAAAUAUAACCUCAGAAUUCUGCAGUCAUGGUGACGAGUAAGCGUUUUCUCCUAGUUUUGCUCUUCUCUCUGCUGCUUUCUUUCGCCUUGCUUUGCUCUGCCGCUGAUCCUUUCGGCCGAAGAAGCAAGGUGGACCCUCAGGGGGAGUACCGGGAAGAAGACGAGGAGAAUGAGGAGGAAAGCUACAACCCUUUUUUAUUCCCUCGAAGAAAAGAUGCAUACGGUCGUUACGAGGAAGAAAAUGGCAGUUUAUGGGUCCUCCUCAAGUUUUACGACAAGCAUCUUAUACUUAAGGCCUACAACGAGUAUCGAGUUGCCUUUCUAGAAGCAAAUCCCAGCACUUUUGUCCUCCCACACCACUGUGAUGCCGACAGAAUUUUCGUCGUUACGAACGGAAAGGGAACGCUCACGCUCUUGACUGAUAAGGACAGAGAAUCCUACAGUUUAGUCCCUGGAGUUGUUGUAAGAGUUCCAACAGGAACCACUGUGUAUUUGGUGAACCAAGACGACAUGGAAAAGCUAAAAAUUGCUGUACUCGUCCGCCCUGUUAACAAUCCCGGGAAAUUCGAGGAAUUCUUCCCUGCCGGACAAUAUCCUCAGUCAUUUUACCGACACUUCAGCGGCGAUGUUCUUGAGGCUGCUCUCAAUACACCAAGUGAUCAGCUAGAUAGGCUGUUACAAGGGAAUCAAAGCCGGCAGGGAAUGUUCCGUGUAGCCAGCCAAGAGCAGAUAAAGACAUUGAGCGAAGGGGCCAGAACGCCUAGUGAGAAAGAAGAGGGGUUCGCCUUCAACUUAUUUGCCCAAAAGCCUAAAUACUCCAACCAAAACGGAAAAUUCUUCGAGGCUUGCCCUCGCGAAUUCGAGCUACUCCGGAACUUGGAUGCCGGCGUCGUAGGACUCGAACUAAACAUAGGAUCAGUCUUCGUGCCGCACUACAAUACAAAGUCUACAUUCGUGAUCGUUGUCACAGAUGGAGACGGGUACGUUGAAAUGAUUUGCCCUAGUCUUUCUAACCAAAGCUCCCAAGGAGAAGAAGAGAAAUCCCGAAGAGAAGAGGAAGAGGAAAAGGAAGAGGAGGAGGAAAAGAGAGGUGGAGAAUACGCGAAAGUGAGAGUCCGAUUGUCGGCCGGUGACACAUUCAUAGUUCCAGCAGGCCAUCCGGUCACAUAUUUUGCAUCCGAAAACCAGCACGUAAGGUUUAUAGCCUUCGGACUCUACCACCAGAACAAUACGAGGAUCUUCAUAGCAGGGAAGAACAACGUGGUGAAGCAAAUGGAUAGCGCCGCGAAGGAGCUCGCCUUCGGGGUGCCGUCGAGUUUGGUCGAUGAGGUAUUCAACAACCUGCCGAAGUCUUACUUUGUGUCUCGACAGAGCCAACAACGUGGAUCUGAAGCCUCUAUCCUGGACUUUGCUCGUUUGUUCUAGUUGCUGCAGUUGUAGUUUGAUUUAUCUUUUCUGGUGUUUUUCGUUUGAUUAAAAUAAGUAUAGUGUUCUCAACCAUCCCCGCAGCCAUAGCUUCCAGCAUAUUAUCGCAAACAAUAGGUUCCGAUCAUGUUCUUUAAUUGCAUACUUAUUAGCAAUUGCUAUGGUUGCCUUUAACCAUUGCUUGAAAGGAAGUGCCAGAAAUUCCUCA